UUCUCAGCACCAUCUUGUGGUAAACACGAAGUUUACGAUUAUUGCGGCUCCGCAUGUCCCAAAACUUGUGCUAACUUAGGAAAAGGUCAAGUUUGCUCUUUCCGAUGUGUCAAGGGUUGUUUUUGUGAAGAAGGAUUAGUUAGAAAUGACAAGGGUGAAUGUGUACAUCCAGAAAAAUGUCCAAAACCACCAUCUAAGACUUGUGGUAAACACGAAGUUUAUACUGAAUGCGGUUCUGCAUGUCCCAAAACUUGUGCCAACUUAGGAAAAGAUCAAGUCUGCACUGCACAGUGUGUCGAAGGUUGUUUCUGUCGAAAAGGAUUAGUUAGAAAUGAGAAGGGUAAAUGUGUACACCCAAAAAAAUGUCCAAAACCUAAAUCAAAUACUUGCGGUAAACACGAAGUUUAUAAUGAAUGCGGCUCCGCAUGUCCCGAAACUUGUGACAACUUAGGAAAAGAUCAAGUCUGCACUAAGCAGUGCGUCAAAGGUUGUUUCUGUCGAAAGGGAUUAGUUAGAAAUGAUAGGGGUGAAUGUAUAUGCCCAAAAAAAUGUCCAAAACGCUCAUGUAAAAAUGCUGAUGAAGAUUCUGAUUCCAAAUGGUUUGACUGAUAUUAAUAAGUGAAUUAUUAUCAUUGCAGAAGCUAUUUGUUACUUUUAUAGGAGAAGCAUGCAAAUAAAAAAAAUUAAUAUGUAUCAUGAUAUAAAAUAAAACUAAAUUU